GUCUCUCCACUCCACUCCACCACCUUUUGCCAUAAAUUGCGACCCUUCACUUACAAGGCAUCGCAUUUACAUCCUCUGCUCCUCCUCCUCCUCCUCCUCCUUCCCCCGUCUUUCCAUUACUCCUCCCUCCUUUUCCUGCUUUACCCUUUUCCUCUCUCUCUCUCUCUUCUUGUUUGAUCGGAGCUACGCUGAGGGGAGCUUGGGACGCAUAACGAUGGAAGCUCCUGACAAGGCCGCAGAGAAAGCAGAGGCCGAUUCUGUUUCGCGUGAAGCGACUGUUGUUCUGCCGCCGACGGUCGAUAAUGCCGUGAGAGUAACUGAACAAGCCCCACAAGUUCGUCACUGGAGGCGACCAAACCUCUUCCUCGACAUACCCCCGCGAAAGGAGGUAUCUUCUCGAGAUGCCCUUGGGAUAGCAAUGCCGAUAACGCCGAGCCCCACGCCCAAGAGAGUGAAUUUCCUCUUGACACCGAAUUCUGGUCCUAGCAAAGCAAGAGUUAAUGAAUCACCGGGUUCUUCUUCGUCCAGAAGCAGAUCGCCUUUCAAGAGUCUUUUACCAAGAUUAAGCUUCUUGUAUCGGAGUCCCUCCGGUGAUGUUGAGAAAGCAGCCAACACGGUAGAAGGAGGGUCGCCAAAAGUUUCGCAAGAAAAGGCUUCGAUCUCGAGGUCGUUGUCCCUUACGAAGAUAUUCACUCCACGAAUGAGGAGAACUUCGUCCCUGCCAGUUACUCCAGUCACUAAUUCAAAUCAAGAAUCUACGCAAGAUCAAAUGGCCUGUGGUGCUCCACAUCCAAAUAGAAAAGGAUCGCAGAAACAGAUAUCUCGAUCUCUCUCAGUCCCUCUCAACAAAGAAAGAAGCAUUGGAAGGAUGGAUUCUUUCUUCCGCGUAAUACCUUCCACUCCUCGUGUAAUAGAAGGACAUGCUGCAUCCAAUAUGUCAAGCAAUCCUGAAAAUGAUGCUGAUGGCGAAGACAUACCGGAGGAAGAGGCCGUCUGUAGAAUUUGUCUGGUCGAGUUAUGUGAAGGAGGUGAGACCCUUAAGAUGGAAUGCAGCUGCAAAGGUGAAAUGGCUCUCGCUCACAAAGAAUGCGCCAUCAAAUGGUUUAGCAUCAAAGGUAACAAAACCUGCGAUGUGUGCAAAAAAGAAGUUCAGAAUCUGCCGGUCACCCUGCUACGUAUUCAAAGUUCCCGAACUUGGAAUACCGGAGCAAGUGGAGUUCAGCCGUUGGAUCUCAAUGGAUACCAGAUGUGGCAGGAAGUUCCCGUGCUCAUCAUCGUCAGCAUGCUUGCCUACUUUUGUUUCCUUGAGCAGCUAUUGGUUGGAAAAAUGGGUACCGGUGCAAUUGCGAUAUCGCUGCCAUUUUCCUGUGUCUUGGGUCUUCUGGCAUCCAUGACUUCGUCGACUAUGGUGAGAAGCAGAUAUGUUUGGAUUUAUGCAUCGGUACAGUUCGCCCUGGUGGUUCUCUUUGCUCACGUUUUUUACUCCUUGAUUCGGCUGCAAGCAGUCUUAGCGGUCCUCUUUGCGACGUUUGCCGGUUUUGGGAUCGCGAUGAGCGUGAGCUCCAUCGUCGUGGAGUUCCUGAGGUGGAGAAGAAGACGGGACGCUCCGUCGGUGCAGUCGCACGUUCCGCAACCGAUUGCUCGGCCUGGUCGAUACCCCAGGACCAUGAUUCCGCCGCUGUUAGGCCCUCUUUACAGCCAUCAUACCGAAUUAAACAGUCCGGGGACACAUCAAUGGAGUUGAAGCGACAAGUAACAACCGAUGCAGCAAAAGAUUACGCCGACUCCGAGUCAGAUUCUCCCCGCAACCUUUGUCGCAUGCGCGACACGGAAUCAUUUCGUUUCCCGAACGAUGCACGCCGUGCACGAUUCACACAUGCAAAUGCAGAAUCAAGAAUGCGUUCGUCUCUGUUGCUGGCAGCAAAGCUUCUGCAGCUUCCCAUGAGAGGACUAAUCGCAAUUGUCUGCAGAUUUGUUUGGGUGGAUUGG